CGUGACCGACCAAAUACAACCGAGCGUGAACUAAAAGUAAAUUGAGUUUGCUGUUCAGUUUAUUCGUGAAUGCAGACGACAAAAUGUGCGCGAUUCUGUGCUUAAUUUUCCUGUCGGGUCUUGCAGCGAGUCAAGCAAGCAGCGUGGGUAGCAGCGCCGGAAGUGCAACAGGAAAAACGUGCAACUAUGUUGACCGAUAUGGCAGCUUGGUGAAUCUGAACUGCGGCAAUAGCGACUGCUGCGGCAACGACAAAUACCGCUACUGCUGCACCAAAGGGUCAGUGUCCCUUCCUCUCGCCCCGAGACUGAAUGUGCAAAACACAGAUGACUGCAACGAUAUUGACGUCAUCUGUCUUUUACACACCAGCGGGCAGGUGGGUACCAUCGUCGGUGGAGUGCUGGGCGUCCUGUUCCUGCUGCUGCUCGUUGUCGCCUUAUUUGCCUGUUGUUUUUGUGCUUCCUGUCCUCUCUAUCAGUACCGGAGAGAAAUGCAAGCUCGAGAUGUGCUCAUUCCCGCCACGAGGGAGAGUCUAAAAGGACAAAUUAAUUACAGCACAAUAGCCGAGCCAGUGCCGAGCUAUAUCUUGAAGCGUCCGUUGGAAGGAUACAUGGUGCAGCCGGGGGCACCGGAACUACCGCCACAGGCCCAGCAGCCGCCACAGGACCAACUACCCACGCAGCCACCUCCAUAUAAGGCUUAAAUAAGUGCGCAAUUAACACCUUGCCCUUUGACAUUAGAAGUUCUGAAAUGUCAUGUGUAUUUUUAUGCCAUUUUGAUGAACACUAUUGGAUCGUCUCGUGUUUUGUUUAAGAUAAAGGACUUCAACUUUGUGAUGUUGAUAUACAUGAUGUGAGUUGUCAUGGGGGCUUACUAAAUUGAACCGCGUUCUGGGAAAACUGGGCUAAAGAAUGUGCGUAAAGAGUUGUUCCAGGUUAGCCUGUGCAGUCCGCAAAGGCUAAUCAGGGACGACACUUUCCUUUUUAAUGAAGUUUUUCGUAUAAAGGAGGUCUCUUCUAAACGAAAAUCCAGUGCAGGCGGAACAUGCCGUUCCUGAUUUGCCUGUGCGGACUCCAUAAGCUUAUCUGGGACGACAAAUUGCGCACAUGCACAAAACCUACUUUUUACAGAACGAGGCUUAAUUGUACGCGUACACUUAGUACAUAGUUACAUAUCAGUUGUAGAAAGUUAUUUAUUAACACACGUGCCUACUUAUUAUUUGUGAAAAUAUAAAACUAAAAAUAUUUGUUAUAUGUAAAGCAUUGAUUAAGUAAAUCAUUAAACAUGUUUUUGAAGUUG